AUGUCGAAGGACACAGUGUUAGAGGACUACCUGAACAAGGAUUUCGACUAUACCAAACUAACAAAGACUCAGCUGCGUAAAAUUAUGUAUGAGAACGGAAUUGAGCCUAUUCCCCCUGCAACAUCCAAAAAGUCGGAGCUACUGAGAGCAUAUAAAGAGAACAUUCAUGAUCGCAUUGAUGUGUUGAUAAGUAGGAAGAAGAACAUCUCCUUGGAAAAUUCGUUCCAGAAUGCGUCUCCAAGAAAGAAAUAUGGCUUUACAGAAGUUCCGGAUGUUCCAGAAACGAAUAAUAAAGACGGAAUCCCAAAUAGGAAGUCUCGUGGAACAUCAUCUAGUCCAGGGACUCCUAAAAAAGGAGAGAGAGCUUCUAAGGAAACACCCUCAAGAAACUUCUCUUUAAGGGAUUUUAGCUUUUCAGGAGAUGCCCCUAUCCAGGAAAAGAAAGAUACCUUAAAAGAAACAGAAGAACAAGAUCCCUCAAACCAAACUCCUGGAUCAACCAUGUUUAACAACUCAACAGUUGAUUUCUCAGGUUCUUCGCUCUCGUCAUCUUUCAUCCUUUCGUCUUCUGAAGAACGUUCGUCUCUUUCCAGAAGAAGCGAGAAAGAAACUGGUAAUAUAAAAAUGAAGAAAAGAGCAUUCACUUCAGAUCCAACCCUGGACAAACCUGAUUUUCAAUCCAAGCAUUCUUCUCCCAGGUCGAUGUCCAGCAACUCUACAAGGAUUAAUAUUAGUAGGCCUAGACCACAAAGAAGGAAAGGAAAGUGGUGUUUUGCAACUCUUUUAAUGAUUAUGGUUUCAGUUGGUAUAUACUUUAGGUUUGUGUGUCCGUACUGUUCGGGAGAUAAACUCCCUUGCAUUCCCCCUCCAAGGCACUCCAGAAUUGUAGAUGGAAGAUUAGUAUGUGACAAGGGCUUUAUGGUCAGGCAUGGGAUUUUCAAAGAUUACUGCAUAAAAGACGACCGACGGGAGAAGAAAAUGGAAAAAAAGGUAAAAGAACUAAGAAAAAUAUUAGAGAGGAGGAGUGGAGAUUUCAUGUAUAGAAUGGCUCCUACCAAAUCUAUUCCAAUUGAGCUCUUGACUAAGGACUCGGAAGUAAUAGAAAGACUGAAAAAAGAAGUUGGGAUAAUUAUCUCCAAUGAAAUGAUCUAUUCCGUAAAUUCAAGAGUGUCUGUGAAGACUUUUUUUAGAUAUUACUUCAAAAGAAUACUCAUGAUAUCCAUUCCACUAUCAAUCGUAGUGGUUGUAAUCAGGGUAAUUAGAAUGUUUAGGAGGAAAAAGCAAGAAAGGUUACAGACAGCACGGAAAAUAGUAAAGGACAUUGCAGAUGUCCUAGUGAGACAAAUAUAUGUGUCUACAAAGAAUACGAGUUUCCCUAGUUAUGUAUAUAUAGAACAGCUUAGAGAUUGCUUCGGGGUUGAUAAAAAGAUAUGGAAGGAGGUUGAAGAUAUCAUUUUCAAAAACUCCAACAUAAGAGAGUCUUGUGUUGAAGGUAGGAAGGCUUGGGAAUGGGUUGGGCCCAUUCUUUAUAAACCAGAGUUCAACGGAAGUCUGUUUUAG